ACUUUAGAAUUUGCUUUCAGUUUAAAAUCGUCGACAGCUCAUAAAAAUUCUUGUUUCUUCAUUUUCGUUAUAAGUUUGUCAAAAUUUCGCUUUUUAUUACAUUCAUUGCGCGGUCCGCAACACGCGGAUCUUCGCCUCUGCAUUCGGUGACGCCAUGGACACAUCAAGAGUGCCACAGUUACUCGAACGAUGCCAAGACGACAAAUAAGGCUAUGGCUAAACUCGAUUGCGGACCUUUUACAUCGCAUAUGGACUACAAAUCCCGAUUGCAGUUCAACGCGCCUAGCCUAGCUUAUCCUCUGAGUGGAAUAGUUUGUACUCUCGGCCCAGCUUCCAAUGAAUUCGAAGUAAUAAUAAAGCUAAUCCAAGCCGGCAUGCGCGUGAUCCGUAUGAAUUUCUCGCACGGAUCGCACGAGUACCAUUGUCGGGUUAUAAAGGUGGCUCAGCAAGCCAUCGAAUGCUAUGCCAAGCAUAUCGGAGUCUACAAGCCGGUGGCCAUUGCUUUGGACACUAGAGGACCUGAAAUACGUACGGGGCAAGUAUCGGGUAACGAUGCCACCUUAAUCAAUCUGACGCAGGGCGAAAGCAUUAAACUGUCAACGAAGAAAGAUUUAGAGAACAAAUGUACAAAGGAUAUUUUAUACGUUGAUUACGAUAAUCUGCCAAAAAUUGUAAAGCCCUGCGAUAUAGUGUAUGUCGACGACGGACUUAUAGGAUUGCGUGUUAAGGAGGUAUCUGGAGUUGAAGUGCUCUGUGAGAUACUAAAUAGCGCAAAGCUCGGAUCCCACAAAGGCGUCAAUCUUCCUGGUCUGCCAAUUGAUUUGCCUAGUGUUAGUGAAAAAGAUAAGAGCGAUCUGCUAUUUGGCGUAGAACAUAAUGUCGACCUGGUAUUUGCUUCGUUCAUACGAUGUAAGAACGACCUCAAAGACAUACGCGAUGUAAUGGGUACCAAAGGGAAGCACAUAAAGAUCAUAUCAAAAAUUGAGAAUCAGCAAGGCAUGCAAAAUAUUGACGAGAUCAUUGCAGCAUCAGAUGGAAUUAUGGUGGCUCGAGGGGACCUAGGUAUCGAGAUUCCCACCGAGGAUGUUUUGCUUGCCCAAAAGUCGAUAAUAGCCAAAUGCAACAAAGCGGGGAAGCCUGUAAUUUGUGCCACUCAGAUGUUGGAGUCCAUGGUGAGCAAGCCGCGUCCAACGCGUGCCGAAGCCUCUGAUGUUGGCAACGCCAUUUUUGAUGGAGCCGACUGCGUAAUGCUAUCGGGUGAAACAGCCAAGGGAAAGUAUCCUGUAGAGUGCGUCAAGUGCAUGGCAAAUAUCUGUGCGAAGAUCGAAUCCGUGUUGUGGUACGAACAUAUUCAAAAUGAGGUGAGAAGUGUUAUUAAAAACUCUGGCCUAGAUGGACUCACAUCCAUCACGUCCGGCAUUGCUGAGAUAGCAUCUUUAGGUCAGGCUAAAGCUAUAAUUGUUGUCAGUUACUGCCCUGUAGUGGCACAAUUGCUGAGUCAAUAUCGGCCCCGCUGCGCUAUUAUUAUGCUCACGCAGUGCCCGAGGGUGGCACGGCAGUCUGUGAUAUUCCGAGGCAUUUUUCCGAUCGUCAUCGAAGAAAUGGUGAAUGGGUGUAACGACUUUGGCAGCAUUUUGUCAUCCGGCAUCAAGCAAAUGGUAAUGAUGCAACUUGUUGACGUAGACAAGGAUGUAAAACUAAUGACCGUCGAUGCUUUGCAAGCGAAAAAGAUAUCUUUCCGUCUUUUGACCGUCAAACAUAAGUCUACCCAAGCCAAAUGCCAGGAAACUAUUCAGGCUCAAGCUAAAGGCAUAAAGGAUCGCUCGAUGAAAAGUGAAAUAAUUAAAAAGUGUAAAAAGCAGACAGAUAAAACCAAAUCCCCUGAACAGAUUGAAAAGUGUAAAAAACUGGCUGAAAGAAGGAAACACCGAGAGCAGGCCAAAAAGGAACGGGAAGAGAAAAAAAACGCGGAGGCUAGAGACAGAAUUUGUAAAAAAUUAUUGAGCCAAGCUAAAAAGCACAAAGAUGAUGACAAAUAAAUGUUCCAAAUAUUGUGUAUUUGAAAAUCUAUGCGUGAUAAAUUGUAACAAUCAAAUUGAAGAUGUUUUUGAUUGCACCUAAGACUGAAACAAGUGUUUCAAACGUUCUUUCAAAAGAUUAAUGUUUUCUAGAAAAUAGUUUAAAUAAAGUUGUGCGAUACAAAUA